CCGGCAUCCUUGGAUCCCUCCGUCGACAGCGCCGGCGAUUCGUGUUCUCAAUCUUCUUACUCCUCCAUUGCCUGUCCACUCAUGCUGACUUGGGCGCCUUCUGCGGCCUUUUUCUCUCUUUGAAUCCCCUUUUCUGCAACUCUCCUUUCUCGUCUCGCCAUGCUCACCGUCCAGUCCUUCCACGCUUAGACCCCCGACUGUCAGCCGCCAAUCGCCCCCCUAAGUUACGCACCCCUGCCUCUCGUUCCAGUAAUGCACAACGGACGCGCACGUCGCAAGAACGGCAGUCUCAGAGCCUCGAAAGCAGGCCAACGUCGCAACAUGUCCCACCUCAUUCCCGAUCCUGCCCCCCUUGUUCGCCCCAAAACAGUGACUGUUAGCGAUGAUAGUCCUGAUAUCUCCGACGCCGCAUCGAACACAUCGGCGACGACCGUUAUCACCAGUGCCUCUAGCCUCCCUGCCACCUCUCCCACCAACGGCGUCGACUCCGUGAAGAGAGCCAUGGCUCGGAAGGCUUCAUCGCCCAUGGCGCCCCCUUUCAUGGUAUCCGCGCCGGGCAAGGUCAUCGUCUUCGGUGAACAUGCCGUCGUGCACGGCAAGGCUGCCAUGGCCGCCGCCAUUUCCCUCCGCUCCUACUUCCUCGUUACCACCUUGUCCAAAUCACAGCGCACCAUCACCUUGAACUUCAGGGACAUGGAUUUCAAACACACAUGGAACCUUGAUGAUUUGCCCUGGGACCUCUUCAAGCAACCCUCCAAGAAGAAGUACUAUUACGACCUUGUCACCACCCUCGAUGAAGAAUUGUACAACUCACUACAACCAUAUGUGGAAGAGGUUUCGCCCAAGGCGCCGGAGGAGUUGCGGAAGAAACACAAAGGGUCGGCGUUGGCAUUCCUAUACCUGUUCUGCUCCCUGGGUUCACCCCAAAAUCCGGGUGCCAUUUACACUUUGCGCUCGACAAUCCCCAUGGCCGCAGGUCUUGGAAGUAGUGCCAGUGUCUGCACAUGUCUCAGUGCCGCGCUGCUGCUUCAGAUCCGCACUCUAGCAGGUCCUCAUGACGACCAACCGCCCGAUGAGGCGGAGCUGCAGAUCGAGCGAAUCAACCGAUGGGCAUUCGUUGGAGAAUUGUGUAUACACGGAAACCCGAGCGGAGUGGACAACACGGUCUCCACGGGCGGCAAGGCCGUAAUUUUUAGAAGGGAAGACUACUCGAAGCCCCCGAAGGUCGUGCCGCUGCCGAACUUCCCUGAGUUACCCCUCCUGUUGGUCGACACACGACAGAGCCGCUCGACUGCGGUUGAAGUCGCCAAAGUCGGGAAGCUCAAAAAGGAACAUCCACUCGUUACCGAAUCUAUCCUCGAUGCGAUUGACAAGGUCACCCUAUCCGCGCAGGAGGCGAUCCAAGGGACUGAUGGCAAGGAUGUCGAUAAGGAAACCCUCGAACACCUCGGAACGCUGGUUCGUGUCAACCACGGUUUCCUCGUGUCCCUAGGAGUUUCCCAUCCGCGACUGGAGCGGAUUCGGGAAUUGGUCGACUUUGCUGAUAUCGGUUGGACAAAGCUUACCGGUGCGGGCGGCGGGGGUUGUGCGAUCACCCUUCUACGCCCGGAUGCCAGCGAGGACGCACGCCGCAAGCUCCAGGACCAGCUCGCCGAGGAGAAUUUCCAGAAAUAUGAGACCACCUUGGGUGGAGACGGCGUUGGAGUCCUCUGGCCGGCAGUGCUACGUAACGGCUCCGAGGAAGAGGGCGGCGAGGAGAUUGACCAACAGAAGUUCGAGAAUGCCGAUGGACCCGAAGGUAUCGAGCGUCUUGUCGGCGUCGGCACGCAAGAAAGACGGGAAGGAUGGAAGUUCUGGAAACGAGCCGUUUGAACUCAAAUUUCCAACCCAGCCCCAUGGGAUUACCCUCUACCACCAUCACUCAUUUACCUCUCCUAAACCCACCUCUUAUGAUCAUUUCUCCUUCCGUCCGAGCUUGGUGUUAGGGCAUUGCAUGACUGCAUCUUAUUACGCAUUUAAUUGGUUUUCAAUUCCCUUCAUCCUAUGUUUUGUUCUCACGGCCCCCUUCAUUCUUUUUCUCUUCUGUGUAUAAUAAUUCCUUGACACUUUGACACGCUUCUACUUCAAUUACACAAUCUAUUCCCUCUUCGCAAUUCCCCUUUCUCUUCCCCUAUCUUAUGCCUUAUAAAACAUUCCUUGCCUUCUUGUGGUGUUGCACAUUCUCUUCUCCAAAUGCUGUAUGAGGGAAAAC